AUGUUUCAUAAGAUGUGUGUAUUUCUUGACGAUAACUACCUCCCAUACUGUGCUGGUGUUCGGCCAAGGCGAUGGGCUUUCGAUGUAAAGGUUCUUAUCUCACGUGGGGCGUCGGCUGAGUACCGUGCCAGGAUGUUUUUAUGGAUGGGUUGUGUGAUUAAGCGAAUUUCAUGGUGUUAUGUAGUAUUAGGGGAUGAACAAGUUGAUGAAUUUUGUAUCAUGAUUACCGACAACGACACUACCGAUAUCAUAUGCCAAUCUGACGAGCUGCAUUGUAUGAAGAUAUCAAGGAUCUUCAGUCAGGAACUGAAACCGAAGAUAAUAGCAGCAAAAGAGGAGUUUGAAAUGGAAAUCUUAAAGAUCUGUGAAAAUGUAGCAGUGUAUCGAAGCCCAGGUGGCUCUCCCCAAGCACCUGCUGUUUCGUUUGGCAUGAUUGAAUUGCCGUGA